AUGGGUAUUUUCCCAGGAGCUGGGCGAUUUCUUGCACAAAACGAAGCAUCCUGGACUCAACAGCAAAAGCCCCCGUCGCUCGAUCGUCAUCUCGUCCUCACAAGGUUCCACCAUGCGUCUACCCUGACGCCCCACGCGAGCCACCUCCAGCCGAUAGCGAGGCGGCUCAGAUCUAUCAACGGAUCUCAGCGCGUCGUGUGCCGCGCCCUCUGCUCCCCCCUGGACCGUGCAUUAUUACACGCGCCUCCGGUGGCAGAUGGCUACAACUCGUUCAUCGGCUCUCUUCGCACAAAAACCAAUCUCUCACCCGAUCUCUUGGAGCUCAGCAUCUGCCGUAUCGGUGUACUGAACAAAGCGAUUUACGAGUGGAAUAUACAUGGACCUCUCGCACUGAAAGCAGGGGUUUCAGUCAAUGAACUGAGCGACGUGGCUGCACUCCCCACUUUCACGGAUGAAGAGCAAUCACGAAAGGCUUGGGCUCACAGUGUGCUUACCAGAACCCAGAAGGCUGUGAUCAAGUAUACGGAUGAGAUGACGGUUCGCGUGGCAGUUAGCGACGAGGUGUUUCAGGAGUUACAUGAGGUGUUACCAUCCGAUCGCUCGAUUGUUGAGCUUACUGCGACUGUUGCGGGGUAUAACUGUGUCAGUCGGUUUUUGGUGGCUUUGGAUGUGGGAGAGCAUAAUGAUGGCGAAAUGAAAAGUCCGCAGCAUAUGGUCGAGAAUGCUUGA